AGGAUUAUCUUCAGAAGAAGAAGAAGCGGCGCUGGUUUGGGUUUCUUCUCUCUUCAUUAGAACCCGUUUGAAGGUUUGACUUGGCUGAAAUGUGUUGACCGGAGCGCCCGGUGGACGUGGACGCGAUCCUCGGCGCGUCACGGCGCGUCUGUGGACAUGAACGUGUACAGCAUGAGACAGUAUUUGGACAUAACCUUUAUUUUGUGUUCCGCUCUGCCGCGCAUGCCCAGUGGCGCACGGAACGCUGGCCGACGCCACUUGGCUCCCUCCUGGCUGUGAUCAAGGAGCGAAAGUGGACUGAGGAGAAAAAUGCGCUGGCAAAGUGGCAGCGUGGAAACCAUCAACGGGACGGGACUCCGCAUCCUUCAGCAAAUAGACUGUGCCACCAACUGAAGAAUGUCAGGCACGCCAAAUGCGCAGGCUGAAGGAGUAGUCUCCAAAGUACAAGUGAAAAAGGAGAUCAAGACAAUCGUGGAGAAUUUGGAAACCAUACUGGGAGACCUUAAGGAUGUAGCCAAAGAACUCAAAGAGGUUGUUCACAAGAUUGACACACUUACUGGUGAUCUACAGCUGGAGGAGGACAGAUUGACAGAUAGCUCUAAGACAGACACGCUCAACUCCAGUUCCAGUUCCACCACCACCACAACCACCGCCUCCAGCCUUGAGAAAAUGAAGCUGUUCCCUGAUGACUGCAUCUUCAAACCACCUGCCCUUAUCACCCCAACAUCUCUCAGCCCUCUUCCAGUCUUGACUGUGCUAAAGAAACCCCACCCACCUCUACCGCCUCCCCGACAUACACCUUUAAAAGCCGAGGAUCAUAACACUAAGAAUCUGCCUCAUCCGACAUUAGUGUUGUCAGGGAAUUUAUCCAAGGCUAACGGGUCUCUAAUGAGGAAUGGUGGUAUUUUCCCAGUAAAAUCAAACAGGGAGUUGUUUUUUUCUUCACCAUGUAUCAUUGAUGACAGUGGAAUCAAUGAGUCAGGGUUUGUUCCUACACUGCCCAGGCCUAUGCCCCUUCUUCGGCACGAAAAGAACAAAUGUCCUAAGGCUCCAAGCAGGGAACCUCGUGAGCGGGUCCGUUUCAGUGAGAAGGUCCAGUACCACGGCUACUGCCCAGACUGUGACCUCCAGUAUGAUGUACAUGACACAGAACUACCUUUACAGGCUGAGCUAAAUGAGUUACGACUCAGCCCUGUGCAUUGCUGCUCUUCAUCCUCCCUUCCUCCUCCAUCUCUUCCUCAAGAACUCAUCCUAGAAAAUGGUGGCCUCUGUCUCAGCCACAGCUUCCCACCAACAGCAAGCACUACUCCACCUUGCGUGCCUCCUCACCCGCCUUCCCUCAAGCCUCAGAAAACAAUCUUGCGCAAAUCAACCACCACUACGGUUUGACGUUGAACUGCCGAUUUUGUCUAAGUCAAACAUUGUUGAAUCAUUCAUAGUGUUUUCUACUUUAUGAGUGCUUUCUACGCCAACUGAAUUUUGGAUUAUCCAGUGGAAGGGCUGGGAAAAGGG